AUGGACAACUCUACCGCGACCCAGUGCCCACCGGACGUCAAUGCAGAGAUCCUCUCCCAGCUCGACCUUGGCAGUACUAUCGGUGUCGCUUUCCUCGGAGUGGCCAUUUCCUCCGCGAUUUACGGCAUCACAUGCAUCCAAACCUUCCAGUACUACCGGUCUCCGAGGGGGAGCACAGACACACCAUUCCUGAAGAUCAUUUUUCGCUCGAAGGUCCUCAUUCUAUGGAUGCUCGACUCAACACAUCAAGCGCUGAUCGUGCAGAUUCUGUACCACUAUCUGGUCCUCAACUAUGCGAAUGCCCUUGCUCUCUUGCGUACUGUUUGGAGUAUCCCGACGGAGAUUAUUGUCAACGCCGUCAUCGCAUGCAUCGUCGAGACGUUCUUCGUUAUGCGCAUCUGGAAGCUCAGCAGGAACGUCUACGUUAGCGGCGCAUGCAUGGUUUUCACCAUCGCCCACUUAACGAUGAACCUUGUCUUCCCGAUCAGAACGUUCUUCUACCCCGUCCUCGUGGAGGCGGAAACGAAACUCAAGUCUACCGGGUCGUCUGGCCUCGGCGUGGCAGUGGUUGCGGACGUCUCGAUCUCCGUGGCCAUGGUGUGGUAUUUGCGCAAGGGGCGCACCGGUCUCCGCAAGUCGGAUGACAUGAUCGGCCGUCUCAUCAUGCUCACCAUUACCACGGGCUCAUUCACGACUAUCUUCGUGAUUGCGAAUCUGAUCGCCUACCUCGCCGCGCCGGCCCAGCUCUACGUGCUGUUCUUCAACUUCAUGCUCGGGAAGCUGUACAUCAACUCGCUCCUCACAUCACUGAACAGCCGCACAUACGUGCGCGGCGGAAACGAAGCGAUCACACAAGUCAACUCGAUCCCGCUCUCCACCUUCCAGGCGCAGGAAGGCCAGGUCUCGCACUCGAACUUCACUGGCUCGACAGUGCUCGCGUCGUCCGAGGAGGGCAAAAAGGCAUAUGUCGUCUAGUCGACCCGGGCUCCGGGCAUGAUACACCCGGCCGGGUUGUCUCAUUGUGCUGCUUUCGCGCGCGGAUGGUUCUUGGGCGCCGAUCUGUUGUAGGAUGCGUGUAUGUACUAUCAUGAGGUAUUGGAUAUCUAUUACGUGCCAAUUCAUACCCAUGCUUUGUUGUAUUUCUCUGCACAUCAGCGCUCUCAGUGAGGAGUACCGUGCGUUCGCCGUGGCGGCACCGCGACCGCUCCCAUAAUGUCACGGACACCCCGGUCGGGUCGGGCACGGUCGACAUGGGCUUCUCCGACAACGCGCUCUACACACAAAUCACCGCCGAUUAUCCCCUGCGGAGCAGACCUCCCCGCAUUGGGGCCAGUACAUGUUGGGCACUGGCCCCCGGGGCAGGCUGACAGCGUGUGUACCGCCGCUCACUCCUUGAGGUUUGGGCCCGGAGCCAUCGGAUGUUACAUGUCGCAUGUCGCGCCAGCCUGCGGCCGCGGCCCCGUUGACGCCCCGAUCUACGGCGCAUCUCGCACC